AUGGAUUUUGAAAAGCUGAAGAAAAACCGAACUGUUAUUAGAACAGCAGUUACGAAAAUAACGAAUAUUAUUGAAGGUUUAAUUAAAGAAGAUCAAAUAGAUUUAGAGACCCUAAAAGAGCUAUUAAAUCAAUUGCAUAUUAAAGCAGAACUUUUAAAGAAAAUUGAUGACGAUAUCGAACCGUUGUUAGAAUUAGAAGAAUACGAAAAAGAACUGAUAUCAGCAUAUAAAUACGCUGAAAAGGUUUCGAACACAAUAUUUCGCGCUGAAGGAAAAUUAAAGGAAAUUAAAUCCUCUAAUAAUAGCCAAGUGAACAUAAGUUCGAACAUGAGCGAGAAAUUAAUAUACGAAACAAAACAGGUGAAGCUUCCAAAAUUGAACAUUCAAAAGUUUUACGGUGAUUGCACCCAAUUUUAUUCCUUUUACAACACGUUCAAAGUCUCGAUUCAUGAAAAUGAAACGCUUUCGAAAACUGAGAAAUUUAACUACCUAAAAAGUUAUUUAGGCGGCCCUGCAGCUAAUGCAAUCGCGGGUUUUGAAAUUUCAGAUGAAAAUUACGACUCUGCGCUUCAAAUAUUAAAAGAACGAUUCGGACAAAAAGACGUCAUAAUUAACAGCCAUGUGAACAAAUUGCUUAACUUAUCUCCUGUUUACAAAAUUACCGACAUUCCAAAGCUAAAACGGAUUCACAAUGAAAUAGAAGUUAAUGUUCGGUGCCUUUCCGCUUUAGGAUUGGAGUCAAAUUCCUAUUCUUCAAUGCUGUUAGCAGUAGUAUUGAAAAUAAUACCCCAUGAAUUGGCAUUGGAAUAUAAUCGACAAAAUAAGAAAACCUCUUGCGUUCCAGACAUAAAUCAAUUCUUGAAUUUCUUGCAAACAGAAAUAUUAACAAGAGAACGAACUUAUUCGUGUAGGUUGAAGCCAUUUGAAUCAAACAGCAAAAAUAAAAAUUCAACUUUGUCUAAUAGACAAGAUAGCACUUGCAUUUCCACCAGCGGUUUUUUCGUUGCUGCGAAGAAUGGAAAUGAAGCUUUCGCUGAAAAGAAAACGGGUAAUUGUUUAUUUUGCAAAAAAGAACACGAUGUUCUUAACUGUCGCUUAAGUGUUGAAAAAAAGAGAAACGUAUUGAAGAAUCAAGGUAGAUGUUUUUUGUGCCUUGGAUUGAGACACCGUUUGAAAGAUUGUUUGUCGGGAAGGAAUUGUAAAUACUGUUCCGGUAAACAUAAUGAAAAUAUUUGCUAUAAAUUUAACAAUUUGGCUAACGAUAAAUCUAAUGAAGAAUCUCUUAUGGGCAAUGGGACGGAAAAUUUAAUUUCUGCUGUAUCGCACAUGGGAAAUAAAAAUAACUCUUUUGCAAACGAGUUACGUGUUAGCAAAAAAUGA